AUGGGAGGAAGAGGGAGGCCAAGGAAAAAUCAGACCAAAUUGCUAGUAAUUGAUCGCGGAAGCAAGGAAACUAACUCAAAGGAACAAGGAAAACAACAUGCAAAGGGGAAAAUGCAGGAAGAGGAACUGGAUCUUGACAGUGAUUGUGAGCUAAAUUGGCCAGAUCUGAACUGCAAUCGUGUUAAUUCAGGUACCCCAGUGAAUCCCGCUAAUCUAGGGAUACCCAAGAUGAAUGUAUCGCCAGUUACCAUUGGAGACGCAAGCACUAGCAGAGCAAAACUCAAUGAUACAGUAACAAACAGUAUUGUAAAGGAGCAGGGCAAUGGAACAGUGACUGUACGAGCUGAGGAAGACAAGCAGAACCAGACGAAACCAACCAUUUUGGGCAGAUCGUGGGCUGGAUUAUUGCAUGACAACAAAUUAGCUGCAAAAGGAAUGGAUCUAACAUAUGUUCCACCGGUGAUACAAGAGGGUGAAGUAGUAGUACAGAUCCUGGAGGAUGAUAUAGCUGAGGAAAAGCAGAAAUUGAAUCGAGCUCUAAUAAUGUAUGUAGUUGGAAACACUCCAACUAUAGGUGUUGUUGAACAAUUUGUUGCUUCUCAAUGGGGAAAAGUUAGAAAACCUAAGGUACUAUAUCAUAGUGAUGGUUAUUUUACAAAUCUGCUGAAUAGUGUUGAAGAAAGAGAUGAAGUGCUGAUGAAUGGGCCUUAUACUAUGAACAGUAGACCUGUAAUACUAAAAGCUUGGGCUGAGGGUUUUGAUUUUAAUGAAGAGGUUUUGAAAACUAUUCCACUGUGGGUUAAAUUCCCAAAACUCCCACUAAACUACUGGAGUAAUAAGGCACUUAGCAAAAUUGAAAGUGGACUGGGAAAGCCUUUGUAUGCUGAUGCUUGCACAACUGUGACUGAUAGAAUCUCCUAUGCUAGGGUCCUCAUAGAAAUGGAUAUAACUAGAACUCUACCUGGGACAAUUAAGCUGAUUGACACCAAUGGCAAAGUGAUUGAGCAAAUGGUACAGUAUGACUGGAAGCCCCAAUACUGUCAAACUUGUUGCCAAAUUGGUCACUCAUGCCACAACAAGGAAGCUCAGAAGCAAGAUGUGGGGCAGCAAACGUAUGGAAUGCAGAAUCAAGGAAAGUUAUGGAAAGUUGUAAGAAGUUUAGAUCCCAAGACUGAUAAAAUUGAUACAAGAGGCAG